ACAAAAAACUGUACCGCAUAACUUAUUUCGGUCGGCAUCGGUAGCUUGGGCGGCGGCGGCGCGAGGGGACGGAGCGAUGCAGGCACUAGCACGGACGGCGCGAUGCCUCUGGCCGGUGGCGUCAGAUGCGGCGGCGGGGAGGGGAUGCUACGGGCAGUUGCAGCCGUCGCGGGGGAUCAUGGUGCAGGUGAGGGACGGCAACCUGGAGCGCGCGCUGUCGGUGAUGGAGCGCAAGAUGAAGUCGAGCGGCAUCGAGCGGCUGAUCAAGCGCCGCACCGAGCACCACGUCAAGAACUCCGAGAAGCGCGUGCUCGCUCGCAAGGCGCUCAUGGCGCGCGUUCGCUCCCAGGAGCUCGGCAAGAGGCUCCGCGACAUCCUCAUCAAGAAGAUCCGGGGUCAGUGAGAGCAUAUCUCAAUGGGAGGCAUUUCAGCAGCAUUCUAUCGCACUACAGGAGGAUUAUUAGCAGCAAUUUUGCAUGGGUGCUCCAUGUUAAACAUGUAAUCAAUCUCCAUGGUGGAAUUGGAUAAUUGAACUACCCUUUUUUCCAAGGGUCGAUCCAUUUGUGGCAACUUAAUAUACUCAACUGUGUAAUAAUAAUCUUUUGCUUUCUUGGAUCAUGAACUAGUUUUUCUUGGAUCAUGGAUGGUAAUUGUUGAGUUUUAUGGUACAACAUAGCAGUUACUUAGUCUCUUAA